AUGGAUUGUGUAGCUGAUAACAUCAUUAUAGAGGAAUAGAACGAGAUAAACAAAAUUAUAGAAAACAUUAGCUUGUUUAACAACGAAUUUAAAAUUGAACUCAUAAAGUAUUAAGAUAUAUGUGAACUAGAGGAAGGAUGCUACUUAAUUGAUCUCUAGAUAGCACACAAGAUUAAGGAUAAACCUGAUUCUAUUCCAAUUUCCUCAAUGAUGAUGAUUAAUUUUGCGAAAGUACUAUAAACUCUAAAUGUAAAGCCAGAUGGCUCAGUUGAUAUUAGAAAGUUUCAAAAUUUCACAAAUAAAGUCUCAUGCUAUGUAGCUGAAACUGGUUAAGGCAAUUAAUUCAUGACCUCCUAGCAGUUUAAAAAAUACUCAGAUACCUGGAUAAAGCCUAAGCCUGACGAAAAGAUUCCAGAAAUUAAAGAUUAAGUAAUGGAGGACAAGACUAUAGAAGUUAAAAAGGAUAAUAUUCAAGAUGUUAUUAUGACCAGUUUAAAGCAUCAACAAGAUGCUCUGAUUGAGCACUGUAAUCAAUGCUAGGACCUUAGCCUAUGUCCCUAAUGUGAAGAUAUCUAUGAGCAUAUGCAUCCUUAUUUAAAGCACAGACCCGAUCCCAAGCUCAUGAUACUAGAGCAGCUAGGCUGUAAAUUUAAGGAAAUAGACCCACUCUCAAACUUAGAUGAAUCAGUUUAUGAUAACCAAGAAAUUAUAAAGAGAAUUUUUAUCUACAAGAAUACUGGAGAUGCUGAUUGGCCUUUAGAAACUAAGCUUUACCUUAUAGAUAAUCCUUUUGAGAUAGUAACAAAUGCCCCUAUCAAAAUGAAUGGGCCUGUAAGUUUGGAUGAGAAAAGAAAGGUAGCUAUAAAAGUAAAAGCACCAGAAGAUGUAGGGAAAUAUUAACUAAUAUUCAAAUUGGGGUUUGAGGCAUCGAUUGAUGGAUCUGUUCAAGUGUCUUAUUUCGGAAAGCCAGUGAUUAUUGAAUUUGAAGUUCAAGCAAAAAUGAUCAGCGAAACUAUCGGCCAGUCAAAUAUCUCAUGUUUUAAUUAAAGUUCAUUAUAUACCGAGUAAGAAUAAAAAGAAGAGGAAUAUCAGGCUUUAAUGAAAUAGAACAAGGGAAAAAUUUAUAAAAAUAGGAAGAAAAGUUUAUAAAUGCUUAUGAGUUUAGGAUUCCUAAAUUUCGAGAAAAAUAACAAGCUAUUGAUUUCCUGUAAAGAUAGAAUUGAUAUUGUGAUUGACUUACUCUUAAAAGAUCAAAAGAAGAUUUAAUUAUGA